AUGCUGGAACUUUUAUGUGAUAACCUUGAAAUUCAUGAAUUUUUGGGCCAAUUUCCAAAACAUCAAUGGAGAAAAUGUGUAGAAGCAAGCGUAGUUAUAGGAAUCAAAAGGCUAAAAGAAAACUACCCCAUAAUCACUUACGAAAAAUUAUUACAAGAAGCGGGAUUUCAAGAUAAUAAAAAGCGAGGCAUAGAGCAAGCUCUAAAUCACAUGAAAAAUGAUAUAGAAAGAAUAUCAAGUGUUGUCGGCCAUCUAGAAAACAGACCAAAGCCAAACGAAAAGCACGCAAUUCAGAUUCUGCAACAAAAUUCUGAGGAGAUGCAAUGGAAACCAAAGCAAAAUUUAAAACCCACCAAGCGUGACAUAAAUUACGUGAGUCCUUCCAGAAGUUCAUCUCGAUCAAAGCAAAACUUGUCAGGGGUUCGUCAAAAUUCCCCAACUUUGUCCUCAUCAAAACUCUCUCAUCAGCAUUCCACUGAAAUUCAAACCAAAAAAAAUCCAAAAUUGCCCCGAUACUUAUCAAGUGUUCAAAGCAAAAUCAAGGGUGAAAUUCAAAAAGAUGUGGCUCUUUAUAACUGUAAAGGAGAAAUUGAAUCUCAGACUGAAAGGCAAACACUUAGCCGUGAAAAUUCAACGAAAAAUUUACGAGAAGUUAACUUAGGCUACCCCCCAAAGCCUCCAAUUUAUCAAAAUCGCUCUGGGUCUUUGACAUCACUGAGCUUUACACAAGACUUGAAAGAGCCUGAUACUUGUCCAAUAGAGCAGCUGCCAAAUUACAUUAAAAAUAUAAAUCAUAUAAGAAUUGAGCCGAAAAAACAAAAAAAAGAGUGCUCACUCCCCCCCAUCCUUGAUCGAACGACUCACCAUCGUUCGAUCAAGGAUGGGGGUUAAAAAAAAAAUUUAUAUAUAUAUAUUUUUUUUUAUUUACUUUUAAAUAAGAGGGUUGGUUAAGAGUAUUUAAUAAUUAUUUUUACAGCAAAAAUUGAAUUAAUUUAAUAAAAAUACCAAUUUUAAUAUUUUGAUUUAUUAGUUACCCCUUUAAACUGUAUAAAUUUUUAAUUUGUUCCUUAUUAAAUUAAUUUAUUUUUUAAAAAUUUUAAAAGGAUCUCUAUUUUUUAGAUUAUUGAGUUUUUAAGCCAAGGUUGAUGAUUAAAUCACUUCGAAUGGUUGAUUCCGAAGCUUUCUGUCGUCUCAAAGUUUCUGAAAACAACUUCAUUAGGUAUAUUUUCCAAGCUUUUGAUAACUAUUAUAUUUUUAUAUAUAUAAAAAUUUGCAUAAUAUGAAAUCGUUCGAUCAAGGAUGGGGGUUUAAUUUUCCCAAUUUUUAGGAACUUUUACAAUCAAUCGUUUGAUCAAGGAUGGGGGGGAGCCAGAAGAAAAUGAAAUGAUCAGAAUUGCAGAUGAUUUCUUGAAAAACCCUUAUACUUCUUUUCUUACCAAGGAGCCUUCAACUAUGCCUACUUCUCCGAUGGGGUUUAAUAGCAACUUGUCGUCACCCAGCAAUAGAUUUGGGCAGCAAAAUAAAGAGACAAUGCAGUACAGAUAUUAA